GUUUCAUAAUAUAAAAUGCCUACAUUGAGAGGAUACGACUGUAAUUCAUCGAUUUUUUUUGAACAUACAGUGCCUGCAUUGAGAGGAAAGGACUACGGAAAGACAAAAAUGCGGUAUCCGGACUAUAAUGAAACUCAAUCAGGUCUCCAAUAUAAGGAUUUGAGAGUUGGAAGUGGGCCCACACCAAAGAUUGGAGAGACAGUGGUGGUUGACUGGGAUGGUUACACGAUAGGUUAUUAUGGUCGCAUAUUUGAAGCUCGUAACAAGACAAAAGGUGGUUCUUUUGAGGGAGAUGAUAAGGACUUCUUCAAAUUCAGAGUAGGAUCCCAAGAGGUAAUACCGGCAUUCGAGGAAGCUAUUACUGGCAUGGCAAUUGGUGGUAUCAGAAGGAUCAUAGUUCCUCCGGAGCUGGGAUACCCUGAUAAUGACUACAACAAGAAAGGUCCAAGACCAACGACAUUUUCGGGACAAAGAGCUUUAGAUUUUGUGCUGAGGAACCAAGGAUUAAUUGAUAAGACUCUCCUGUUUGAUAUUGAGCUCCUCAAAAUCGUACCAAAAUGAAGUUGCAUGUUCAACUUUUACUACGACACCCUGUUUAGCUGCAUCAGCAAGUUUAACUUCCACUUGGACAAAAGGAAUAUCAGCUUAAUGAACGACUGAUUCGUCCCUUAUAGAGACUUUACUGUCUUGUUUGAACGCAUUAAAUUGUCGAUAGAUUCAUUUUGAAAAUCAAUGUAAACAAUGAUGGGUCUAGGUACUGUUGUUGUAAUGAUGUAACGACAUCUCUUAUGUUCAUAAAUUUGACUAUUUCUUGUGAAGUUGAUAUUUCAGGACAGCAUUGGUUUGUGAAUAAGAUUGUUGAUUACUGUGUAUUUCGGAGACUAGUUGUUUGAAUUUUUAUGUU